CGUAAGGAAGCUAAGCGAGCGCCGAUACGCAGCCCUUCUGCGCAGAGCUCGAAUGCAACGGAACAACUGUUGGGCGGAUAAGCUCUGUAACCAUGGAAACGUACGGCGUCACUAUGGCUGGAAGAGGGGAAAUAGAACAGCGGGGCCCUGACUGCUUGCGCUGGAGCUGCCGGGAGGUUGGUGGCUGGCUCCGGUUCAAGGGCUUCCCUCAAUAUGAGGCCUGCUUUACCCAAAACUAUAUCAGUGGCAGAAAGCUUAUCCAUGUCAACUGCUCCACCCUACCUCAGAUUGGAGUCACGGACUUCCAGCAUAUGAAGGAAAUUUCCAGGCUCAUUAGAGAUCUGCUUAACAUCACUGAACCCCUAUGGACCCGCAGUGUCUCCCUGCCCCACAGAGACAACAUGGGGCUAUUUCUGGAAAAGAAAUCGCAGACUGGAUUGAAUACUGAAUCUCUAACUUACAGUCAAUUCAUCAAGCAGCAGGGACUGUAGAGUCAAUGCAAUAUAAGGCCAAAAUUUAAAUGAUUAAUACUUUAUCUAAUUUGCCAAACUUCAUUGUGUGGAUUAAACAGGUAUUGUUCAAGCAAAGCCUAAAUAUACUUUAGAGUUUUAUUGAUUGCGACUGUGCCAAAGUUUAUCAGAAAGGAACUCUUAGGGGCCCAACCUUGUUUCCUUAAUCCCUGACUGGUAGACUUACAGUGGGAUUAAUGAGUUAUAAUAGUUAAUGAUGUUACAGCCCAAAAGAGCCCUGAAUGUCAGUGGAGGGUACAAAUGAUCUUUCCUGAGACCAAUGGUUGCAGGUGUGUAUGUGUAUGGCCGCCUUUAGAAAAGCAAAGACAAAUUGUGGUCACAGGGACCUGGGUGUAUGAACCCUCAGACAUUCAUAAUAAUGGGCCCUAGACCAGUAGCUUAGGGAGAAUCCACACUUCCAAUUGAGGCUUCUGCACACCGGACAAAGGAACUGUCACUGAUCCAGCAGGAGUAAUGAUAAAAUCACACAUUUUAUACAUGUCGUCAUAGGCAAUAAUGAAACACACUACAUUUACAAAUUUAAAAUCCUUAAACAGGAAGUUACAAAGCAGAAAAUUAAACGGCCCUUUCUCAGAGUUAACACAAUCUUUUAGCCAUUAAAUGCUCUUCAAGUGUAAGCAUUUAUAUAAAUUAUCUUUUUCUCUCCACUCCUUUAUAAUGAAGGCACAAUGUAAGUGAUGCAAAUAAAAUUAUAACUUGGGGUUUGCCACAAAGUGCAAUCAUUAUCCAUAUGUAUCAUACUUGUAACUUACAAAGUUAAAUACAUAUAUUACUGUUUCCUU